AACACUUUGACAGAACGUCAACAAAGAGGCUACCCAAAUACAGCUGAAAUUGUUGUGUAAUCGUCUGUAUAUUAUCUACGUUUGUGUUGCUAUUUCGCUAAGAUCCGUUGCCUAAGAAGCAUCCUCAUCAACUUCUGUCGAUAAUUUACACUAAUACUCUUCUUACAAGCAACCAAGUAUAUAUCAAUUUUAUUCAAGAGAAAAAAUGUUGAGCGGAAUUUCAAGUUACAUUUUUGGUGCUACUGAAGACCAGUCUGUUCCGGACAAUGAAAAUGUGCAGUUGCAGACAUCGGAUGCUGAAAAUGAGUGGGUUCUCGUUGAUAUUGCAGAAAAAGCCACCAGUACGGGCCAGACUACAAUAAAAACAUUUCAAUCGCCAAGCGAUAGUGAUGAUAACCAGGCUGUUCCGCUACCGAAUGUGGCACCGGACGAGAGCUGGUUUGUCACACCGCCAUCUUGUUUUACAGCAGGUGGCCAUUCCCCUGUUCAUAUGGAACCGAAUCCGCUGGAGGACCUUCUUAUAGAACACCCAAGUAUGUCAGUAUACGGACCAAGAACACGGCGUCAGAGCUCGCGUACUCAUAGUAACUCUUCCGCAGUGAGCUCGCAAUCGGAACCGAGCACAUCCCAUACCGUUGCGCAGCGACCUCCCCGACGUGCCGCAGCUGUUUCAGCACAGUUGGGUAUCAAGCAGCAGCAAGCCAUGGCUGCCAAGUCUCAAAAGCAGGAGCAGGUACAGACUUAUAAGAAUCUGAGUCGAAACAAAAUGCACCGAGCCAACAAGGUGUAUCAGCAGCAGAGUUUCAGCAGACGUCAACGCAAGAAGGAUCUUGUGAGCAAACACUGUAUGAAGGUUUGCAAAAAUAGGUGCUAAUUGUCAACGGAACAUGGAACAUCAUGGCAGCAAAGUGAUACCAGCACUGUUCAAGAGAUUUUAUUUGCCUGAAAUACCACAAAACUGAUGUUGAUCACAGAUUGUCUUGUAUUGCUUUGACGAAGCAAUAAAGACUUUUAAAUAAUGUACAACUUAAA